AAAAUAGAACUUCGUCGGCGGGCGAAAGAGCAGACUGGGCUCCGCGUCAUCUUCUUAGCGUAUGACCUGGUUUUGGGUCUGACCAGUGACGGUAGUGGAGAAGUGAGGCUGCUGGGCUAGUGAGAGGAAGGCCGGAGAGAGCAGGAAGAAGGACUCUGACCCCGGUAAAGUAAUUCAUAGUUAAACCGUGGUCCCCAGGAAGGCAAGAUGAAAUGAGAUCCCAAGGGCAGGGCUCACACAGCAAGAAAACCGGGAGUGUUCCAAGACCGAGGAGCGGAGCCACUGGAAAAUCGGCUACUAGGGGUUAUUCGGUAGCCGAGGCGCUCAGGGCAGGGACUGGGGCAAGGUGCCACCCCCAGAGUUGCUGGGCAGCACCGAGACACCUUGAGCACCGACCAGAAAAACUACGAGAACUGUCCGCACUUGAACGCUGUUCCUCAGAGUCGCGGACCUCUUACGCUAACUCGCAUUCCUUGGCAAUCACCCCCAGAGAACUAGACAGUCGCGUAGACGUUGGGGAUGAACGCUUAGAUUCCAGGUGCAAGUUUGCUGAGGGCCUUAGAAGGCCCCCUCCACCAUAUUGUAGUCUAAUAAACAAUUUUUUUGAGCCACAGAACCUAACAAAGGUGAAGAACUUUAAAGAAAAGACAUUGGUGGAAAUGAGGACACUGAACAAGCAAAUAAAACAAGCUCAAAUCCAGCAGAAACUGCUGCAGGAUGACAAUGAGCACCUACACACAGAAAAGUUACUUGUCCAGGCUGAAAACAAGUUGUAUCUGGAAUACCUGAAUAACAAAGCUGAGGAUUAUAGAAAUAUAGACGAGAAGCUGUGGAACACCUAUUUACAAAAAUGUGGGGAGAUUCAACAAAGAAGACAAGAAGUAGCCUCCAGAUAUGAACAACAAACUUCAGCACUUAAAACAAAGCUCUUGGAAAAGGAAAAGAUUCAAUCAUAUUUGAAACAGCAAUUACAGGACAUGAGGAACAUUUCUACGUUAAAAGAGAUGCAGGAGCUAGAAAUACAGACAUUACAGGAGAAGGAGAGAAAAGUCCGAGCUGAGAUAGUUGCAGAGAAACAAGAAGUACAGGUCCAGUUAGCCGAGGAAUUCUUUUUCCUGGGGAAACAACUGAGUGAGCUAGACUUGCGGCAGUUAGGAAAGAGAAAAUUGGAGCACAAGAGUAAGAUUCAGGCCUUGGAGUUGGCAGCAAAGGAAUCUCUUUUUGAGUUCUCUUGUGGCCUAAUCAGAGAGAACCAGCAGUUACGGAAGAAAUUGCUGCAGCUAAUCCGUCAACCUCUGAUGUUGGAGGCUUCUCAAAGCCACUUAAAAAGUUGGAAGCAGCAGCUACAGCAGGAACAGUGGUAUCUGGAGUACUUAACCCGGGGGAGGCAGCGACUGCAAGGAAGUCGUAAUUGGUGCCUGAAAGAACAGGAUGCUCCACAGACUGCAUCUAGCCCUCCCCUAGGCACCAAGUCAAGGAUUGAUCCACAGUAAUUCCUAAAAUAACAAUGAUUAAAUAAAAGGUGGAGCAUUUUUCUUCGGUACAUUAAGCUGGUUAGGAAGGCUUUUGGAUUGCAGAUUGUUUCUGUAAAAUAUCCAUCCUGAGUUCCUGUAAGAGAUUAGAUGCUUUUUUCCAUCAGUCCUUCUAGAUAUUUGUGUAACUAGCUUCCCUUAAGUAGCUUUUUCUUUAAUUAGCCCUCGUUCAUAAGACGGUCCACAGAUCUCCAGUUAACCUAAUACAUGACCCUAAUACCUACCCAUUUCCCAAACACCCAUACAUCAAACUAGCUCAAGAAAACCAACUUGAGAAGUGAAACAGUUAUGUGAUUACAGUUAGUUAAUUAUGUAGUUAAAUUAGAUUUCUCUAUAGAGGAAGUACCUUUAAGGAUAGCAUUUCAGAUUGAUAGGGCUUUCUGCUCAGUAAACAGCCAAUUAUCAGUUUAUCUUCAUUCCUUUUGGCCAACUCAGCAAACUAAAGUAAAAUGUUCAUAAGCUCUUUUUAAAGUUUGUGGCAGUGACUAGAUAGCCCCUUCUAUAGUUUUCUCACAAAUGAAAAAGUACUUUGGUAACACCAAGUCCAGUCAGUUAGGCAGAAUGGCCUUUCAUCUGAUGCUAAGCCCCUACAGUUUUAGCUUUGACUAUACUGAAAAGGUAAACAAAGUACCAGGUCAAUUCUUUUGAAAAUGUUUUCUUUGACCAAAUACCACUAGCACUACUGAGAUGAUUGAUUGCCCUUCCUCAUUUCAGGAAAAUGUACCAAGAGAAUUUUAAAAUAUUUGGGCAACUUUUUGGAGUCCUGUGCCAUUGAUUUCUCUAGCAGUGUUCUAAAUUUUUUUUUUUUUUUUUUUUUUUUUUUGUGGUUUUUGGCUGGGGCUGGGUUUGAACCCGCCACCUCUGGCAUAUGGGACCGAUGCCCUACUCCUUGAGCCACAGGCGCCGCCCGAGCAGCGUUCUAAAUUCUAAGAUGAUAAGUAAAAUUAUUUACCACUUAGUUGAUAGUUUUAGAUCACUUAUUACAUUUUCUUAGAUGUAUAUCUGUAGCACUUUUGUAAUUAAUAUGUCCCAUGUAUUAUAUGCCCAUUUAAUAGAACUAGGAAUAUUUUAAAUUAGUAUACUGAUUGGUAGGGUAGUUAUAUUUUUUUGCAUUUAUGACAUUUAAUUUAGACCAGUGAUUUACUUGAAUGCUGAGUCCUAGGAUAUUCCAUAUUUUAAAUUAACUGUUUUCCAGAAAUCAGUGAUGAACUUCAAAAUAAUUUUCCUCAAUUUCCAACUUUAUAUGUAAAGUGAAUUCAUUUAAAAUUAGAUUAUAAAAGGAUUCCCUUUAAUGUGCCUUUACCUUCAACCUUUAACAAUUUUUAUGUUAAAUGUUUUAUGUAGUCCUUAGUUAUUAAACAAAUUUUAUCAAAAAUAAAUAUACAAAUAGUUCUUUUGGCCUGAAAAAAUAAGAACAUGAUCUAUCCAUUGAUCCUAUCAAUGCUCCAAUAUAAUGAAUUUUCCCUUACCUCACUCUUCUUCAUCUUAUUACUCCUUUAAGUUUUAUUCAUACUAGUGUGCAAGUAAUGAUCUAGUUUUAAUGCAAGUUAGAAUUUUAGAUAGCAUAUAGGUACCUUAACCUAAAUAGCUCAAUUCAUAAACUCAAAAUACAGACUCAACUUGGAAAGCAUGGUAAUCAUGACAGAUUGAAAGUCCUGCUGUGAGUGCAAAAGCCCUAGGGGAAAAUAUACCUAAUGCUGAUAGAGUCAGAGGGUAGAAAAGAUCUUAGACUCUUACCCUUCUAUUAAUUCCCUUCCUGCCAUUGCUGUCUUGUCUAAUUCAAGUGUGGGUAACUUUCAACUGAUCUGUUUUUUACUUGCUGUCAUCACAGAUACUGGAUGUGGUGUACAUUGCUUAUGGCUGCUGUCAUCACAGAUGAUGUGGUGUAUGCUGCUUGGGUGAAACAUACCUGACAAGGUACUUGGAAAUCAUCCAUACCCCCGAGCAAGCAUUAUGUUAGCUAACUAAGAUCUCAAUCUAAUUUUUGUCUGCUUCAUUACUAAGAAAAUUAAGCGGGGUUGUUGUAGGAAGUGAAAUUAAAUGGAAAAGACUUCUGAGGUGAAAUUUAAGACAUUAAUGAUAAAAUGAAGCCAACAGUACAAAAACUGAGGAAGACGACCAUUCGAGAUAGAGGCAACAGUGAAUGCAAAGUCCCUAAGAUAGGAAUAAGCUUGGUAGGUUCAAGAAACAGAAACAUGCAUGUAGCUAAAGUAUACUUGGGGACUGGGGAGAGAACAGAUGAAGAUGAUGAGGCUAGUAAGUUUGGCAGGAAUGUGAGCACAGAGGCCUUGUAGAUGGUGAAUGAGGUCUGACUUUAAAUUAAAAAUCACUACAGCUGUUACAUGGUGCAUAGCCAACCAAACCAGAAAAAAGUAGAAGGAAAUUAAACUAAGAAGCUAUUACAGUCCAGGCAGGAGGUGAUGAUGAUUUGAAUUAGGUGGCAGAAGCAAACAGAUUAGAGAUUUAUUUGGUAGUAGACAAGACCUGUUAACUAAUUUGCUGUGAUGAGAAAAGAAUUAACUACAUUUUGGCCCAAGCAUCUGGAUGCACAGUGGCAUGUCUGCUCACGUGGGGAGGAACUGUAGGAUGAGUGAGGGAAAAUCAAAGGUUAAGAUGAAGUGCAAUUUCUAGUCUUGCCUUUUCUAGGUUUUUUUUUUUUAAUCUAUUC